AUGGCCAACUGGUCUAAUGCUUCCUCUGUGUGUGAGUGGAAGGGAGUUACAUGUGGCCGUCGUAAUCGACGAGUAAUUGCUUUAGACAUCUCCCAAAUGGGACUUUCUGGAACCAUUCCCCCACAAUUUGGAAACCUCUCAUUUCUUGUUUCCUUCAAUGCAAGUGGCAAUAGUUUCAGUGGGAUUCUACCUGAUGACUUAACUCAUUUGCGUCGAUUGAGAGUCUUUGAUGUUAGUGCCAACAAUCUCACUGGAGAAAUUCCUUCACAGUUUGGGCUCUUGUCCAAUCUUCAAAUAUUGAUUCUUGAUCACAACCUCAUCACCGGAUCUAUCCCUCUUUCCUUUCUAAACUUGUCAAAUCUAGAAACCAUGCACUUGGGUUUUAAUAAAUUCAAGGGCUCUAUCACAUCUACAAUCUUCAAUGUUUCCACCUUGAAAAGUAUAAGAAUCUUAGACAAUCAUUUCUCUGGUAUCAUUCCCUUAGAUUUGUGUCUUCGACUUAUAAAUCUGAUAAGAUUCGACGUAACUAGUAACUUUUUAAGUGCGGAAGUGCCAAAGAGUUUAUCCAUGUGUUCCAAAGUAAGAUAUUUGGGAUUGAAUUAUAACGGCUUUGUGGGAACAAUACCACCAGAACUUGGGAACUUAACAAGUCUUAAAAUCCUUCGUCUUGGAGGUAACAACCUUGAAGGAAGAAUUCCUAAAGAAAUUGGUUGUCUACAUGACUUGGAGCAAUUAGAAAUUGAAAACAAUCACUUAACGGGCUUACUACCACCACAUAUGUUUAACAUGUCUUCACUUCAAAUGUUGAACUUGAACACCAACAAGAUAUCAGGUACAAUACCUCGAGAGAUGAGCAAUCUUGAAAAGUUGGAGUACCUUUAUUUACAACUCAACUCUCUGAGUGGUUCCAUACCGUGGGGUAUAUUCAAUAUAUCUAGCCUAUUAGGACUAGAUCUUGGGUUCAAUCAUCUUUAUGGUAGCCUUCCCUCUAAAAUGGGUUAUAAGCUUCAAAAUAUAAUAAAAAUUGGCCUCAAUGUUAAUAACCUUAGUGGAGCUAUUCCAAGUUAUAUCUCCAAUUGUUCUAAACUAGAAGUCUUAUUCCUCGAUAGUAACAGUUUUAGUGCCCCAAUUCCUUACUCUUUGGGAGAAUUAAAUUUUUUGGAAGAAUUGACAAUAUCCGAUAACAGGUUGACAAGUGAAUCCUCUUCUACAGGGGUCAAUUUUUUGACUUCAUUGGCAAAUUGUAGAUACUUGAGCACACUAGUGAUAUCUAAUAAUCCUCUGAAUAUUGUCCUGCCAAGUUCCUUUGGUAAUCUUUCCAACUCCCUUAAGAUCUUUGUUGCAUUUCGUUGUAAUAUAAAGGGCAAAAUUUCAAACAAAUUAGGUAAUUUAAGUAGUCUCAUGGGAAUAGACUUAUCACAAAAUGAACUGACUGGAGUUGUUCCUAGAGGCAUAAGAGGUUUAAACCAACUUCAAAGGCUGCACCUUGGAAACAAUAAACUAAGUGGGUGUUUGCCGAAUAGCAUUUGUAGUUUGAAAUACUUGGACAGUUUGUCUUUAAGUGAAAAUCAUAUUUGGGGUUCUAUUCCUGAAUGCAUAGGGAAUGCUACUUCAAUAAGAGAGAUCUAUCUAAGCUCUAACAGAUUGAGUUUCAACAUACCAUCCAGCCUUUGGAAGCUUAAAGACCUUUUGAAACUUAACUUGUCUUCAAAUUUAUUGAAUGGCUCUUUACAUCCAGAGAUUGGAAACAUGAAAGUUGCAAUAUACAUCAAUCUAUCAAGGAAUCAAUUUUCUGGCUAUAUUCCAACUACCAUUAGAGGAUUGCAAAGUUUAAUAAACUUUUCCUUAGCUAAUAAUCUUCUAGAAGGACCUAUCCCUGAUUCUUUUGGAAGUAUGAUUAGUUUGGAAUACUUGGAUUUGUCAAAUAACAAUCUCACAGGAGGGAUUCCUAGGUCCUUAGAAGAGCUCCACUAUCUCAAAGGUUUCAACGUAUCUUUCAAUAGGUUAAGUGGAGAAAUCCCUAGCAAAGGUCAAUUUGAGAGCACUUCGGAUUGUAUUCAUCUCUGUGGCUAUGUUGAUAGUGGGAAUCUCAGUGAUUAUACUUUUAUUAUGGAAAUGCAAAAGGAAAAGUUCCACAGUCAAUGA